AUAUCUACUCAUUAAAGGGUUAUAUUAAAGUGUACGUCACCUUAGACAUUGUAGUUAAUUUCUUCAGUAUUCACAAUCAUUUUUAAGGAUCUGCAGUUGUGACUUCAUCCUCUUGGUACUUAUCUCACCCAUGGCUACAGGAGAUGUAUUGGACAAGGACAGCUUCUUCUCCCCCUUUCAGACCAUUCUGGUGUCCCUUCUCUCAGCUCCACUAACUCUUGUUGCCACACACAACCUCAUGCAAAUAUUCACAGCCGCAGUGCCACCACAUCACUGCCACUCCAACUUCACACUGGACCCAAAGCACCUACCAGCAGAUCCUUGCACUCGGUAUGUCUCACCUCUGAUGAAUGAGACAAAAGCCUGCAGUGAGGAAGAUGGCUGGGAUUAUAACCGGAGUGUUCACACUUCCACUAUUAUUAGUGAGUGGGAUUUGAUAUGUGACCGGGAACCUCUGAAAGAAGUGGCUCAGUCUGUCUACAUGGCAGGGGUUCUGGUGGGCGCAAUAGUGUAUGGAACUCUUGCAGACAGGUUCGGACGAAGGGCAGUACUCCUGUGCUGCAUACUCCAGAUUGCAGCAAUGGGAACAGGAGCUUCCCUCUCUCCAAAUUUCAUUAGCUAUUGCUUCUUCCGUUUCCUGACUGGAAUGGGGAUCUGUGGUUUUCUUAUUAAUGACCUUGGCCUCACCAUGGAAUGGACCCCAAAGAGAUUUCGCCCAGCAGUAUCAAUGUUUCAAGGUUACUGCCUCACCUUUGGGCAAAUUGUUCUUGCAGGGGUAGCAUAUGCCAUAACAGAUUGGCGUUGGUUGCAGAUGGCACUCUCCUUACCCUUCUUCAUCUUCUUCAUAUUCAUUUGGUGGGUACCAGAGUCUUUCCGCUGGCUCACACUCACCAGGUGCUCCCACCAGGCUCUUAUUAACCUAAAUCGUGUGGCCAGAAUCAAUGGGGACAACACAGGAAGCACUAUUACUCUUGAGAUGUUACAACAGGAUGAUCAGAAAGGUGGUCUUGUCAAAAAGAUGACACCAUUUGACCUCUUUCGCACACCUGUUAUGCGCAAAAUAACCAUUAGCCUUUCUAUGUCCUGGUUCUCCAGCAGCUUCUGUUUCUUUGCUCUUGCAAUGGAUAUACAGAGAUUUGGGCUGAAUAUAUACCUAGUUCAGGUGAUUUUUGGCUGCACGGAACUCCCUCUUAGGAUCUUGAGUACAAUUACAGCUACUUAUAUUGGCAGGAGAUUCUCAGUUUCCUUCUUCCUUUUAAUUUCUGGGGUCUUAAUUCUGGGAAGUCUAGCUAUUCCAACAGACAAGAUGAUCCUACAGAUGUCCAUUGCUGUCCUGACUAAGGGAUUUCUUGGUUCAUCUAUUGUGUGUGCCUAUCUUUAUACAGCAGAACUUUUUCCAACUGCACUCAGACAGACAGGAAUUGGAUUCACCAACAUGAUGAUGAGACUGGGUGCAGUGGUGGCUCCUGUAGCAAUGAUGACAAAAGUAUAUGUGCCAUUUCUACCCCUUAUCAUAUUUGGGGUGGUGCCAAUUAUUUGUGGAGUACCUAUUUUGUUUCUGCCUGAAACACUCAACAGUCCUCUUCUGGACACCGUAGAAGAAGUGGAGAAAAGAGUCAGAAAAAUUACACCCGAGGUGACGAAUGAUUCAAUACAUGAAACAGGAUCUGUGCGGGGUACCAAACUUUAAAACAGGCUUUCUAUAAACACAGGCAAUGCAUACUGCCACAUUGUUAAUGGUGAACAAUAAAACAAUACUGAAGGAACACAAUAACUACAUC